CUGAAAAGUUGGAAUUUGAUGUUGUUAAAAAGUGCUCUGGCCAGCGCUCUUGAAAGUUGAAGAUAUGACAGAAGUAGAAAAACGUGUUCAUUUCCGCGUUGUGCGUUUUAUGACUGAAUCAGGGGUGAAGCUUCACAUCAAGAGUGUUCCCAUGGCAACUGCGUGUGUGUUGUACCACAAGUUCUUCAAGGAGAACUCACUGAAUGACUAUGAUCCCUAUCUAAUUGGCACCACCUGUAUUUACCUGGCUGGCAAAGUGGAAGAAGAACACUUGAAACUGAGGGAUGUCAUCAACUCAUGUUACAGGACCCUACACAAAAGCAAGCCACCGCUGGAGUUGGGGGACACCUUUUGGGCACUGCGGGAGUCGGUCGCCAAUUGUGAACUUUUCGUGCUUAGGACACUCAAGUUCAGGGUUGUCUUCUCUCACCCUCACAAGCACAUGCUGCACAACCUGAAGUAUCUGCAAGACUGGUUUGAUCCCUACAAGUGGGAGGCAUUGCCAAUUGCUAAAACAGCCUGGUCACUGCUUCAGGAUUGUUACCAUGGCAACAUGUGUUUGAACUACAAGCCCCAACACAUGGCAGUGGCUGUUCUGUUUUUCGCCCUCCAGUGUCAUGGUGCCGAGGUGCCGUACCACAAGUAUGCUGACACACCAUGGUGGCUGGUGUUUGCUGAAGAUAUCACUCUGGACAUCAUCAAGACCAUCAUCACAGACAUUAUUGCUGUGUAUGAACUGGAGAAUACUGUCUGAACUACAUCACAACAGACAUUGCUGUGUAUGAACUGGAGAAUACUGUCUGAACUACAUCACAACAGACAUUGCUGUGUAUGAACUGGAGAAUACUGUCUGAACUACAUCACAACAGACAUUGCUGUGUAUGAACUGGAGAAUACUGUCUGAACUACACCACAACAGACAUUGCUGUGUAUGAACUGGAGAAUACUGUCUGAACUACACCACAACAGACAUUGCUGUGUAUGAACUGGAGAAUACUGUCUGAACUACAUCACAACAGACAUUGCUGUGUAUGAACUGGAGAAUACUGUCUGAACUACAUCACAACAGACAUUGCUGUGUAUGAAGUGGAGAAUACUGUCUGAACUACACCACAACAGACAUUGCUGUGUAUGAACUGGAGAAUACUGUCUGAACUACACCACAACAGACAUUGCUGUGUAUGAAGUGGAGAAUACUGUCUGAACUACAUCACAACAGACAUUGCUGUGUAUGAACUGGAGAAUACUGUCUGAACUACACCACAACAGACAUUGCUGUGUAUGAACUGGAGAAUACUGUCUGAACUACACCACAACACAGACAUUGCUGUGUAUGAACUGGAGAAUACUGUCUGAACUACACCACAACACAGACAUUGCUGUGUAUGAACUGGAGAAUACUGUCUGAACUACACCACAACAGACAUUGCUGUGUAUGAACUGGAGAAUACUGUCUGAACUACACCACAACAGACAUUGCUGUGUAUGAACUGGAGAAUACUGUCUGAACUACACCACAACAGACAUUGCUGUGUAUGAACUGGAGAAUACUGUCUGAACUACAUCACAACAGACAUUGCUGUGUAUGAACUGGAGAAUACUGUCUGAACUACACCACAACAGACAUUUGUGUAUGAACUGGAGAAUACUGUCUGAACUACACCAUAACAGACAUUGCUGUGUAUGAACUGGAGAAUACUGUCUGAACUACAUCACAACAGACAUUGCUGUGUAUGAACUGGAGAAUACUGUCUGAACUACACCACAACAGACAUUGCUGUGUAUGAACUGGAGAAUACUGUCUGAACUACACCACAACAGACAUUGCUGUGUAUGAACUGGAGAAUACUGUCUGAACUACAUCACAACACAGACAUUGCUGUGUAUGAACUGGAGAAUACUGUCUGAACUACACCACAACAGACAUUGCUGUGUAUGAACUGGAGAAUACUGUCUGAACUACAUCACAACAGACAUUGCUGUGUAUGAACUGGAGAAUACUGUCUGAACUACACCACAACAGACAUUGCUGUGUAUGAACUGGAGAAUACUGUCUGAACUACAUCACAACACAGACAUUGCUGUGUAUGAACUGGAGAAUACUGUCUGAACUACACCACAACAGACAUUGCUGUGUAUGAACUGGAGAAUACUGUCUGAACUACAUCACAACACAGACAUUGCUGUGUAUGAACUGGAGAAUACUGUCUGAACUACACCACAACAGACAUUGCCGUGUAUGAACUGGAGAAUACUGUCUGAACUACACCACAACAGACAUUGCUGUGUAUGAACUGGAGAAUACUGUCUGAACUAC